UUUUUUUUUCUUUCCUUUUUGAAUACUUUACCUCUCUUUUCGAAUAGAAAUAACAAUAAUAUACCUAUCAAAAAUGAACAGCGACGACGAGGUGCAGGAGACUUAUCUCUUCGAGCUUGCAACAGAAGACGACGAUGAAGAGGAGGAUACAGAGAUGGGUCACAGUGGUGAAAACAGUGACAACGAUGAUGACUAUGAAGACGUGGAGGAGGAGGAGGAGGAAAGGGAUGAUGACGAUGAUGACGAUGAUGACGACGAUGACGAAAACAGGGAAGAAGAUGAUGAUAGUGAAGAGUUUGUGGUUGAAAGCAACCUUCUUGCGACAUUGUUAUCAGCAGCAGGCCCUAAUAGACUUCGUCAGCUCGUCGCCCUUCUUCAUGCUCAGAAUACUACGCUUGAUAAUGAUGAUGAUGAUCAUGUCUAUAUCAGAUCACGUUUUCAUCAUCGAACUCGAAUCCCCUCCCCAAUCCCUGAACCUGAUAUUGAGAAAGGGACUGAGCUACUUAAUUCUGGCGAUUUUGGACGUGUGGAGUCAGCCUAUGUCCCCAGCAAGGAAAAUAAGGAUAAUGUUGCUCGGAAACUGUGGAUGAGGCAGCUUAGGCCGCGAUCAAUUAAGGCUCUGGCUAUAGGAGAAUCCAUAUUGCCUGAUAACCCUGGAAAGGUCAUUGAUCUCUACAAUGAAGCUGCCUGCUCUGGUCAAUAUUCUGAAGAUGGGUCUUUGUUUUCAAGCUGUGAUAGAGAUUGGAAGCUGCGCAUUUACAAAACUGCUGGAAAUAGACUGGUUCCUGAGCGUACAAUCCAAGGCAUGUUUGGAGAGUGGACUAUCACCGACCAUAACCUGUCAUUAGAUAGCCACUGGCUGAUUUACUCCAGCCUGACGCCGGUGGUGUACUUGACGCGAACCGCAAAAGAUGCGCCGGACACGCACCAUGCCUUGGACUUCUCGAUUGAGACCGAUGAACGUGCGCUUUGGUCUGUGCGAUUUUCAGGAGAUGGUAGAGAGAUUGUCGCGGGAGGCAGGAAUCGGAUUCAUGUCUAUGAUAUUGAAUCCAGAACUGUAUUGCACUCUGUCAAGGCUCAUAAAGAUGAUGUCAAUUCUGUAUGUUUUGCUGAGCCUUCAUCUUCCCAAGUUGUAUUCAGUGGUAGCGAUGACCAUUAUGUUAAAGUCUGGGAUCGCCGCUCAAUGGGAGGGCGAUAUAGUACACCUUCUGGAAUCCUUGUAGGCCACUCUGAAGGCAUUACAUAUGUUACAUCUAAAGGCGAUAACCGCUAUUUGGCCAGCAACGGUAAGGACCAAAAGAUGUUGCUCUGGGAUUUGCGUAUGAUGUACUCAAGAAAGGACUUGGAUUCGCUUCCAAAGCCCAGAGAGUCGACAUUUGACUAUCGAAUGCAGCAAUAUCACGAACACAAGUCGUACAAAGUUCCUGGUGAUUGUUCCGUAAUGACUUUCCAAGGCCAUAAAGUCCUUCGGACUUUGAUACGCUGCCAUUUUUCCCCCGUACACUCUACUGGUCAGCGAUAUCUUUACACUGGUAGCGCAGAUGGUAAUGUCGCCAUAUACCGAUUAGAUGGCACUCUUGUUCGAACACUAGACACUAGUGCAGCAUUUGCAAAGUGUUCUGAGUCUUCCAGAAAGCAUAUGUAUGUAGCCCGUGACGCAAGCUGGCACCCUUAUCACCCAACAAUCCUCAGCUCAUGUAUGAUAGACCGAUCGUCAUAUGGGCCUCUUGCUGGUGGUAUUGUGAGACAUACAUUUACGAGAGCAAAUGAUUUAGAAUCAAACAUGUCGGAUUCCUCUGACAAUGCUUUACCGCCACCACCACGGAGGCGUCGACAUUUUUUGUAAUAAAUAUCGCUUUACU